AUGCACUUCACAGGCUCCUCCUUGUCUCCUUGCUUUGACUUUCCUGCCUCCUGUAAGCUGUCAGCAUUUGCAUGUUGGUGUAGCUUGCAAAGGAAGAAAAUCUCAGUUCAUUUCUCAGGAGGGAUCCAGCGUGUUAUGGGAACUGAGCACUCGAAGAACGAGGGCCGAAGGAGCAUGGUUUUUCUGAGGAAAGGCCCAAAGUUACCUGCGUGGGAAGAUGCUCUUCUGUCAGGGAAAGAGCCCAAGUCACUGCUGAAACGGGGAUUGCGUUAUGUCAGCUUGAGCCUCAUAAUGAAAGGGAUGACCAGCACGCCUGAAUUCUUGUGGGGACUGCUUGAGGUGCAGAAACUGAACCUUUCACGCAACCAGCUGGUGGUGAUUCCUCCUUCGCUGGGGAAACUAGACAGGCUGGUAGUGCUGAACUUGGGUGGCAACUGCCUCAAGUCUCUGCCUAAAGAGAUUGGACUACUGAGGAACCUGAAGGUCUUGUUCGUCAAUAUGAAUUGCCUGACAGAAGUGCCAGCAGAGCUCAGCUUGUGCAGGAAACUGGAGGUUUUGAGCCUCUCGCACAACUGCAUCUCACAACUGCCUUUGAGCUUCACUGACCUGACAAGUUUGAGGAAACUGAACCUCAGCAACAACCGCUUUGUGCAAAUUCCCCUCUGCAUUUUUGCACUGAGGAGCUUAGACUUCUUGCACCUAGGGUCCAACAGGCUUGAAAACAUCGCAGAGAGUGUCCAGUAUCUGGUCAACCUGCAAAUAUUUAUUAUAGAGAAUAACAACAUACGCAGCCUGCCACGGUCUCUCUGCUUUAUCACCACUCUGGAGUUAUUAAAUGUUGAUUACAAUGCCAUACAGACUCUCCCGGAUGACCUCUACCUGCUGCGCCGGCUGCCACGCAUUGCGUGGAACCCAAUGGACAAAGGCCUCCACAUAGCCCACAACCCCUUGUCCCGGCCCCUGCCCGAGGUCAUCGAGAGCGGGUUGGAUGCCCUUUUCAACUACCUCAGGGAGAAAAAGGAGCACAACUGA